UGGUUGCUAAGCGACCGGAGGUUUGCGCUGUGUCUCUGUACAGCAUGAUGCGUUUUUAAAUAGUUUUAAGCCAUUUGUAUACGAAAUAAAAUCAUACCUGGCGUUUGGAUAUAAUCAUGCCGCUAACGACGAUUAAAGAUGGUGAAUAUACAGCCACCGUUUAUAAAAUGAUCAAAGAGGGGCGAUAUGGAGACGCGAUUCAUAUUUUGAGCAAAGAGCAUCAGAAACAAACUAAAUCCAGGGCUGCCUUGUCACUCCUUGGCUAUUGUUACUAUCACAUGCAAGACUUUACUAAUGCAGCAGAGUGUUAUGAACAGCUGACACAGCUUCACCCAGAGGUGGAGGACUAUAAGCUUUACUACGCUCAGUCACUAUAUGGAGCAUGUGCCUUUCCAGAUGCCAUGAAGGCCACAUUCCUAUUGGACAGCACAACUAGUCAUACAAAGAUGAUCAAACUGCAAGCUGCUAUCAAAUAUGGAGAGGAGGACUUUGCAGGUGCAAAGACUUUGGUUGAGCAGUUGCCACAGGAAGAUCCCGACUACGAUGUGGAUCUUGGGUGUUUGCUUUAUAAGGAGGGAGAAUAUGAAGAAGCUUGCAAAAAGUUUAUGUCGUCUAUGAAUGUACUGGGCUACCAGCCAGAUUUGGCAUACAAUAUAGCACUGUGUUACUACAGCUUAAAGCAGUAUGCUUCGGCACUCAAGUAUAUUGCAGAAAUAAUUGAACGUGGGAUCAGAGAGCAUCCAGAACUUAGUAUUGGCAUGACAACAGAAGGCAUUGAUGUAAGGAGUGUUGGAAACACUCUCGUCCUGCACGAAACCGCUUUGAUCGAAGCCUUUAAUCUGAAAGCAGCUAUUGAAUACCAGCUCAAGAACUAUGCUGCGGCACAGGAGGCUCUGACUGACAUGCCCCCCCGAUCGGAGGAGGAACUGGAUCCAGUCACUCUUCACAACCAGGCCCUAAUGAACAUGGACACAAAGCCAACAGAGGGUUUUGAGAAACUUGCUUUUCUACUUCAGCAGAACCCCUUUCCCCCUGUCACUUUUGGCAAUUUACUGUUGCUUUACUGCAAAUAUGAGUACUUCGACCUAGCUGCUGAUGUUCUGGCUGAAAAUGCCCAUCUCACAUACAAGUUUCUCACACCGUACCUGUUUGAGUUUUUGGAUGCCAUGAUCACAUGCCAGACAGCACCAGAGGAAGCUUUUCGAAAAUUUGAUGAAAUUGCUGGAAAACUGACAGAACAGCUACGCAAGGUUACAAAACAGGUGCAGGAAGCGAGGCACAACCGAGAUGAUGACUUGUUAAAAAAAUAUGUUCAAGACUAUGAUGAGGUUCUGGAGAGGUACAUCCCUGUUUUAAUGGCUCAAGCCAAAAUCUACUGGAACCGGGAGAACUACGGCAUGGUUGAGAAGAUCUUCCACAAGUCACUGGAGUUUUGCAAUGAGCAUGACACUUGGAAGCUCAACGUUGCUCAUGUGCUCUUCAUGCAGGAUAACAAAUAUAAAGAAGCCAUUGGGUUCUAUGAACCCAUUGUUAAGAAACAUUAUGAGAAUCUGGAACAGUGUAACAUUCAAGAGUGUCCCUGCAAAACAAAGCCCUCGAUUCUUAACGUCAGUGCAAUCGUUCUUGCAAACCUGUGCGUGUCGUACAUCAUGACCAGCCAAAAUGAAGAGGCAGAAGAACUGAUGAGGAAGAUAGAGAAAGAAGAGGAGCAGAUAUCUUACGAUGACCCAGACAAAAAAAUAUUUCAUCUGUGUAUUGUCAAUCUUGUUAUAGGGACUUUAUAUUGUGCUAAAGGAAACUAUGACUUUGGCAUUUCACGUGUCAUAAAAAGUUUGGAGCCGUACAACAAAAAGCUCGGAACAGACACUUGGUUCUACGCUAAAAGAUGUUUCCUUUCACUGCUGGAAAACAUGGCCAAACACAUGAUCAUGCUGAGGGAUUCGGUGGUGCAGGAGUGCAUUCAGUUCCUGGAGCAUUGUGAACUGUAUGGGAAGGAUGUGCCUGCCAUCAUAGAGCAGCCUCUGGAGGAGGAUCGCAUACACAUCGGCAAGAAUACUGUCACGUAUGAAUCACGCCUUAUCAAAGCUCUUUUCUAUGAAGUCACAGGGUGGAAUGAGUAAUCCUAGUAGAUGUGUUUGCAAAAUUUCAUGAAUCUGUAUUAGAAGAGGAUUUUGAGCUAAUACUCAACACGGAGCACAUUUUUGUCAUUUGAUUUUUAUUUUUAUUUGAUUUGUUAAAAUACAAUGUCUGUAAAGUAUUAACAGAAGUCUAUAUAAAGAUUAUAUAGGAGUAUGGUCAUGUGACUAAGAGUUGUAGCCUGUUCUUUCUAUGCAGCUUGUAAAAGAUGAUGUUGUUUCUGGACUGUAGUCAAAUAUGCAUUUUUAAACAAUAAACCAACAGGGGUUCCUUCCCUGACAACCUAAAAGCUUAGUUAAAACUGAGAAAUACAAUUCACCAAAGAACGACAUUUUAAUAACUUAUACUACGCUGUGUUUGUAGUAAAAUAAUCAAAUAUGCCUCUACCUACAAAUUUUUAAUCUCUAAAGCAUUAUAAUUGUACAGUUUGGAUAUUAUUUUUCAGAAAUAAAAGGCAUGCUGAUCAACAGAAUAGUUUUUUCUUUACUGUAUGCGACUCUACUUAAAGCAAUUUUAAAGUAAUUUGUCUUCAAAACUUAUUUUUCUGACCAUUUGCCCAUCUCUGUUUAUUAUCUUCAAUGCUGCAGAGUUUUGUUAAAUACACAACACACAUGCCACUUAGCCCUUUUUUUGCAGUAAAUAGAUAUCGAAAUUCAAAAAAAUCAUGGAAAAGAAGAUGUGACAUAUCCCUUUAAUAAGGCGUUAGUUCACCCAAAACUGAAAAUAAUGUCAUUAUUUACUUCCCUCAUGUUUGAUGAGUUCUUUAUUCUGUUGACCAAAAAAGAAGAUAUUUUGAUAACUGAUAUCUUCCUAUGUAGUGAAUAAAAUAAAGAAACUCAAGCAGGUAAAGAACAACAUAAGGGGGAUUAAAGGCAGGGUGCACGAUUUAAAAAAAAGCUUUGGGAAAGCGAGUCGGGCCGAGUACCAAAACACACUUGUAGCCAAUCAGCAGUAAGGGGCGUGUCUACUAAUCGACAUUGUUUCCUGGGUUGCGUAUGUGUGAGGCGGGUCUAUAAAAAGAAGGUCCAGAUUGAGGUAGGGGCGUGUUUGUUUAGGUGAUUUUAAAUAUGGCUUUCAGAGAUCAUGCACCCCACCUUCAAAUGACAAUAUUUUUAUUUUUGGGUGAACUAUUGCUUUAGGAAUUGUUUUUCUAGAUUAAUGGCCUCUUCGUUAUGUCCUGCUCUGAAAGGUAAUAGUUGAGAAAACCU